AUGUCUGCCUUAACUUCUCCCUGUCAUGCGGCCAAGCCCCUAAGGAUUCAACGGUUCGUGGAUCUGAUACAUACGAUUGCGCAGCAGCCGGGGCGAUUUGCAUAUUCCAUAUGGCUGUUCACAUACAGCGAUCUCAAGACCAUCAUCGCCACCAGCUUUGGAUUCGGCUUGUUGUCGGCAUUGGGAGCCGUCUCCUUUGGCAUCCACCCUUCACCUGCAUGGACCUUGUGCGUUCAACGGAUACCACUAGUCCUGCUGUGGGCAUGGCUGAACCUCCUUCCUUUUACGAUCGACAAUCAGCGCCAACCAGAUGCCAUCAUGGAGGAUUCCAUCAACAAACCGUGGAGAACGAUGCCGUGCAGACGAAUGACGUCCGAGCACGCCAAGCUGGUCAUGUACAUCUUUUACCUCAUCGCAUUGGGUACCAGCAGUCAGAUCGGUGGACUGAUGCAAUGCGUGGCCUUGAUUGGGCUCGGGGUGUGGUACAACGAUGCGAGGGGCGCGGAUGUGAGCUGCGUCAUUCGGAAUUUGAUCAAUAGCGCGGGGUUCCUCUGCUACACUUCUGGCGCCUUGCAGGUUGAGCUGAGUCCGUCUCAGUGGCAAUCUUUUACCAACCCCGAGGGCCCUGGACUGCAAUGGCUGGCCAUCAUUGGCGCCAUCGUGUUUACCACGGUGCAGACACAGGAUAUGAGUGACCAGGUUGGAGACAGCGCUCGAGGACGGAAGACCCUGCCCUUGGUCAUUGGCGACGCUAACGCCCGCUGGGUGACAGCUGCAUGGAUGGUGGUUUGGGGCCUGUUCGAUCCCUGGUACUGGGGCUGGCUGCAAGGUAACGGGGAGAGCGGGAUUCUGCGCUGCGCCGGUUUUGGCCUUGCUGGGUUAGCUGGUGUCAUCGCGAUCCGCACCCUGUUCCUUCGCAGCGUGGCCUCCGAUAAGAGGACCUUUGCGCUGUGGAAUCUGUGGCUGGUCAGUCAAUAUGGAUUGCCAGUCUGUGCAGCUCUCAGAAGAGCAGGUGGGGUUGACGUGGCUGUGUGA